AUGGACGAGGACAGCAUUACGCCCGAGGACAGGGCUAUCAUGGAUCAUACAGACAUUGAUGUGUUCAUGUCGGACUACAGAUCACCGCCAGUUGGGAGAAGUCUGGAAGACCUACCCACCGAGCUCAUCGGCAUGAUCGCUGAGAAUCUCGACAAGGAAUCUCUGAGCAUACUACAAGCGCUCGGCAGUCGGACUAUAUUACAGGCCAUCGAUCAUGCUCUUGUAAACCGAAGCGAAGUUUUCCAGCCGGAGAUAGUCAUGCAUGCUCUGGUGGACACCAUACGGCUUGCGCCACAGCAGCUUGAAGAGUUCAGGGUUGUAGGGUUCGGGUUGAAGUGGCAGACUUGGCUACUGGGGACUCCAAAGUCGCUCUUCGAGACGAUUUCACCUACCUUACGUGGCUUAACGUCAUUGAACCUGGAACUCGACAUGGCCACCUUGAAGACUGAUGCAUACAUGUUAGCCCUCGUCAAGCUUAUCAAUACCAAUGCAAAUCUCCAAGCAUUGGCUUUGUCUGUUGGCGAUCAGGGUAUCGGUAAGUAUCAGAUCCGCAAUGAGAGUUGGGCUCCUCUGCUCCAGCUACUGGGCGGCAGUCCUCCAUUCCGCCUACGUUCGCUCCAUAUCAACGGACUCGUUACGAGCACUACUGCACCUACACUCGCGAGUAUCAUCAACGUACACUCCUCCACGAUCCGUCGCAUUGUCCUCAAGAACACGAACUUCCAUUACCCGAAUACCCUUCGCGCUUUCUUCAGGGCUUGCGCCAAUUCGGCCGUAAGCUACUACGAGACCGAGAACUUCUACCUUCAUGAGAGGACUAUGAUAGUCGGCAGGUAUCUUGCUGAAGAUGUUUUGGAGUAUGACAAUGCAGAACUGCAUGAAGAUGUCAACAACAACCACUGUGACUCUGAUGCAUCCUGCCACGAUUGGGUAAAAGUAAAUUGGGACAGUUUUAAGCCGGAGGAUAAAUGGAAGUUGGUCUUCGAAAAUGAGCAAGGGCAGAAGCGGCGUAGCUACAUGUACGAUACCUUCAUGGACGUUGUGGACAUGGUCAAGGAGGGUAGUCUGAGAGACUCCUGA